GCCCGCCCGGCCGCGGCUGACGUGUCCGGCGCGGCGCGAUGGCGGCCGCCUGGGAGGAGAUCCGGCGGCUGGCGGCCGAUUUCCAGCGGGCGCAGUUCGCUGAGGUGGCCCACAGAUUGUCAGAACGGAACUGUAUAGAAAUUGUCACUAAACUGAUUGCGGAGAAGCAGUUGGAAGUAGUGCACACACUUGAUGGCAAGGAGUAUGUCACUCCAGCACAGAUUAGUAAGGAGAUCCGGGAUGAGCUUCAUGUUUGUGGUGGUCGAGUUAACAUUGUCGACUUACAACAGGUAAUAAAUGUGGACCUUCUACACAUUGAAAACAGAGCUAAUGACAUCGUUAAAUCUGAAAAAACUAUUCAGCUUGUAUUGGGACAGCUUAUAAAUGAGAGUUACCUGGAUCAAUUAGCGGAAGAAAUAAAUGAUAAACUUCAGGAAACUGGCCAGGUGACAAUAUCAGAACUUUGUAAGGCAUAUGACCUUCCAGGAGACUUCCUGAUACAGGCAUUAUCCAGGCGUUUGGGCAGAAUUAUUCGUGGGCAACUAGACCAGGAAAACCGUGGGGUGAUUUUUACAGAAGCCUUUGUGUCCCGCCAUCGAGCACGCAUCCGGGGGCUCUUCACUGCGAUUACUCGGCCUACACCUGUAAGUAACUUGAUCACUCGGUAUGGAUUUCAAGAACAUUUACUUUACUCUUUACUAGAAGAACUUGUUAACACUGGUCGUCUAAAAGGCACUGUGAUUGGUGGGAGACAGGAUAAGGCUGUGUUUGUUCCAGAUAUCUAUGCCAGAACACAGAGCAACUGGGUGGAUUCUUUUUUCAAGCAGAAUGGUUACUUAGAAUUCGAUGCAUUGUACAGACUUGGUAUCCCCGACCCAGCAAACUACAUCAAAAAAAGAUACAAGUCAACACAGCUCUUAUUUCUGAGAGCAGCUUGUGUUGGUCAAGAAAUUGUGGAUCAAGUUGAAGCCUCUGUAGAGGAAGCCAUCAGCUCCGGAAACUGGAUAGACGUAGCAACUCUUCUGCCCAGUUCAUUGUCAGUAGAAGAUGCUGGGAUUUUGCUUCAGCAAGUGAUGAGAUCUUUAAACAAAAACUCUUCAGGUUUAGUCUUCAGUGACACCAUUGCAGUCAGUGAGAAAUUUCUAAGCAGCUGUGCUGACCUCUUUUCUGAUAUGAUGCAACAGAAAGCUGAAAAGGAAAUGAAAAACAACCCUGUUAAUUUAAUCACUGAAGAAGAUUUAAAACAGGCUUCCAGUUUAGAGAAUUCAUAUGCUAAUAGAAAAGACAAAAAGGAUGAAAGAAGAAAGAAAGCAACAGAGGGCAGUGGAAGCGUGAGAGCAGGAGGUGGUGGCAAUGCCAGAGAGAUCAAGGUUAAGAAAACCAAGAAGAAAGGAAGAAAAGAUGCUGACAGCGAUGAAGAGUCACAGGGGACUGUCACAGGUAGGAAUAAGCAGCCAGAGUUCCCUUUCAUGUCUCAAGAGGAAAUUGAGGAUGUCUUAAAGACCCGCCUGCAGGAUUGCCCUGAAGAGCUUAUUACAGAAAUUGCCGAACAUCUAAGAAGACCUUUAACAAAAACUUAUCAGGAAGUUGUGCGUUCUGUUUUUACGUCUUCAACAUCUUCCUCUGGAGCAAACAGAAAACAGACUAUGAAGGACUUGCAGGAGGAAUUCUCAAACUUAUACAACAACAUUCGGUUAUUUGAAAAAGGAACAAAGCAUUUCACAGAUGAGACUCAGACUAACCUUGCCAAACACUUGUUGAAGACUGUGUGUACAGACAUUACAAAUCUUAUUUUCAACUUCUUAGCAUCUGAUUCAAUGAUGACAACAGAAAACUACUCUACAAUCACAAGUGAGGGCAGGACGAAGAUUUUAGGUAAACUGCCAGAAGACACCAAAGGUCCUUUAACUAAACUGCAUACUUCUCUGAAUGGCAAGAGUGUAGAAGAUUUUCUUUCAUGCCUUGAUUCUGCAGUGGAUAUUUGUGGUAUUAUGGUGAAAAAAGGAGACAAAAAGAAGGAAAGGCAAGUCCUGUUUCAACAUAGGCAAGCUUUGAUUGAACAACUGAAAGUCACAGAAGAUCCAGCUCUUGUUCUGCACCUGACAUCAGUACUGUUAUUUCAGUUUUCAACUCACUGUAUGCUUCAUGCACCAGGAAGAUCAGUACCACAGAUCAUUAAUUUCCUAAGUGGCAAGAUCCCAGAGGAUCAACAUUCUCUGUUAGUCAAAUACCAGGGAUUAGUGGUGAAACAAUUGAUCAGUCAGACUAAGAAAACUGAACAUGGAGAGAAUGACACAAAAGAUAACAGGGAAGAGGAGGAAGGAGCAGAUACCAUUCGAAAAGAGCUCCAGGAAAUCACUACCUCUAUCAAAGAUGUUGUUCUGAGACCUAGGAAAUUUUCUGUAACAGAGGAAUAAAAUUAUUAUUCAGUGCAUCUACUUCCA